AUGGAGAACGAAAGGGACACUGCUCUUGGGAUCAUUCGGAAUGCAGGCCUUGAGCACCCACAAUCCUUUUUGGUGGAAAGUUUUGUCACCGAUGCCAAAGAUGCUCGCCAGUCCGCCGCGUACCUCUUGCAGGCAUGCGCGGAUGACACACAGCAUAUAAAGUUCCUUCAAUUUGUUGAGGACUGGAAGAAUUUGGUGAGACUAUUUUCCGACGAAAAUCCACUUCCAAUUCGGAUGGGAAGUGAGAUGAAAGGAACGAUUGCUCGCCGAGAUAAUCUUCGUUGCUGCAUCACAGGAGCCAAAGGCAGUUUUUGGAACCCUCCGAAUGUUUUUAGUAUUAUUCCCCAAGCUGCGUUUCAUGUUCAAGAACGGCGGUUGUAUGACAUACUUGGCGCGUUUAUUGGCCUUUCUGAGCGAGACUCAUUACUCUCAUUCAAAGAUGAGAAGCACUAUGUUUUGCAGAACCACUGGACACUUAUCAAACAAGCUGCUGGCGUAUUUUCUAGAGGUGAGAUACGACUCGAAGCUCUUGGUGAAAAUAAAUAUGAAAUCUUCUACAACAAUAUUGGGAUCCCCUCCGCAAUUUAUACAUCCGACAGAAUUGUAGAUUGGGAAUGCGACCUCGAUGACCAUUCAAAUUCUGGAAUCGACAGUCCGAACCAAAUCCUUCUUGAAAUCCACUGCCGAUUUUCAAGAGCGCUCAAAUGGAACAGUAUAGGGAACAACAUGAAGUAUCAUGCGCCUCAAUCGCGCACACAGAGUAAAAUUUGGGCAAAUCUCGCGGAACCCCUUGUCCGAACAUUGCUUGCUGUCUGGCAGAAAUGUCCGAGCGUACUUCGGCUGCAAACUUACAGAUUGUUGAAAUUUGUUGGUUCACUUUCGUACGAGGAAUCUACCAUGGGAGUUCAGAGAUUACCUUUCGGCAUGUAUUUGAAGUACGGUCCAGGAAUUCAUUCAGCAAGACAUGCGAGCGAGUUUAACGCUCUAAAGCUUGUUCAUGGCAGGACCUCAGUUCCAGUUCCUCGACCAAUUGACCUAAUUAUCUCGCCCACGCAAUCCCUCUUGGUCACAUCUAGGCUACAAGGGAACCCAGCUGGUCAUGGCAUACAUGCUUACAGCGAUCAAGAAAUGGAUCUAAUAGCUCAGGAUAUGCGGGGAUUUGUAGCAGAGCUUCAUGCCAUAAAAAGGCCCGGUGAUACUACUGAUACUAUUUCGAAUGCAUCUGGGGGUCCUUGUCUCGACUAUCGCAUUGGUGGCUCUCCCGUCGGGCCAUUUCACAACGAAAAGGAAUUUAGCGAAUCUUUACGUCUUGGUAUUCUUCCCGACCUAGUACAUCGCCAUGACCACGAAAUCGUCUUUACUCAUUCGGAUUUAAACAUGAGGAAUAUUCUUGUUCAUAAUGGUAAAAUAUCUGGCAUAGUUGAUUGGGAGAAUGCGGGUUGGUUCCCGGAUUAUUGGGAGUAUACCAAAUGUCACUUUGGUGCAAGGAUAAAUCGCAGAUGGUUGAAGAUGGUGGAAGAAGUCUUUGGAGACAAGUAUGCCGAAGAGCUGAAAAUUGAGAGACAGUAUUGGGAGUAUACUAGCCUUGUGUAA